GACAGCAACCAGAGGCAAACAGAAUCAACCGCACCUAUACAAGCAGGACUACUUGCAGUUUCUGUCCCCUUCGAAGUGGCUAUCUACCGAAUGACUACGGUUACGGCCGAGUCCAUAUCAUUCGUUUCUAAUAGACAAUUGUUCAAUUUAUACUCACCAAUAGCCCUCGUGCCAUUGGCUCAAACGGACAGCAACAGUGUGCGGAAAUAUAGUUGUUCCGUACACGGCGACGUUUCUAACCCGACAGCUUGAUUUCACCACAGGAUGACAAUAGACUUAAUUCAUUCGGGUUCUAUUUCUAUCUUGGGAAAGAGUGCCUCUUAUCAUGGCUCGCGAGAUUCUCAAGGCGGCGAAGUCCGCAUCGAAUGUCGUCGCCGUUCACAAGAAAUACACACUUCAAUCCACCGGCAUCUGGGAGCGUCUUCGCCGCCUUCUUUCGAUUGAUCCCAAUCGCUCAACAGGUGUUCCAUUGAACGCCCAGUUUCGUCUACCGACCCCUGGAGCUCUUCCUCCUCUUUCCUAUGACGACCCGGUUACCAUUCCGGCUGGUGAUAUCGCGGACAACCCUUAUUGGAAGCGUGAUGUUCGGAGGAGUUACCCUAAACUUAGCACUGUGAGCCAAGCAGAUGCUGUCGGUCUUCUCACCGUAGGCAGCCAGGCUGCACCGAAGGAUGAUAUUCUACAGAUCGGUGAAGCAGGAGAGAAACAACUUAUUUCAGUCAAGCAGCAGGGAGAAGAACGUGGUCUGGCUGGCUUUUUUGAGAAGGAUAAGAAGGGCCUUCAGGGUGUGUUAAAGCCCAAUGGUUUGCCACCGAAGCCUUGCAAUAUGAACCCAUCAGGUUCCAAGUAUCAGCUUGACCAUGACCAUGGCUACCCCAAUGUAUAUCCCUGCCGCACAUUUGUCUGAUGAUGCACUCGAGUUAGAUUGAAUAUACAUCGCAUUCUUCUUUGCCUUCCACACUCCCGCCUCCCUUGCUACUAUUCAAAUUUAUACUAUUUUACCCAAAACGUACUCAGGGCGAUAAAUAGUGUAUAUGAGACUUCAUAAGUAGGCAGCGCUAAUGGUUCGCACUUCUAUGAGUAUUGGUUUUUUAUUUUUUAUUUUUAUUUUGUAUU